AUGGCUUUUGUCGCGCGGGUAAAGCCCAGGGCAAUUGGCUUGCGCGGAAGAUGGCCGUCGCAAGUACAAGCGCCGCGCCGGAUGUACUCUCAGCAUCCGGCUCACCAUACCACUCCUGAACAUCCCCUCCGGGUCGCCGUCAUUGGCUCCGGCCCGGCUGGGUUUUAUACUACCUAUAAGCUUAUGGCCAAAAUCCAAGGGACAAAGGUGGAUAUGUACGAGUCUCUACCGGUGCCCUUCGGCCUAGUCAGAUUUGGUGUUGCUCCGGAUCACCCUGAAGUCAAGAACUGCCAAGAAAAGUUCGAGGAAGUCGCCUCAUCCCCCGACUUCAAUUUCAUCGGAAACGUCUCCGUCGGCACCAAGUCUGACCACCCCGACGGCCUCACCUUGCCCCUCGCCAGUCUCUUCCGGCACUACAACGCCAUCAUCUUUGCCUACGGCGCCGCUCAAGACCGCAAGCUCGGCAUCCCCGGCGAGGACCAGCUAAAGGGCGUCUACUCCGCCCGCGAGUUCGUCGGCUGGUACAACGGUCUUCCCGAGCACGCCAACCUCAAUCCCGAUCUCACCCAAGGCGAUGAAGCCGUCGUCAUCGGUCAAGGCAACGUAGCCUUGGACGUGGCCCGCAUGCUCCUCGAGGACGUUGACGUUCUUCGGAAGACGGACAUCGCCGCACACGCGCUCGAAACCCUCUCCCAAAGCCGGGUAAAGCGGGUCCACGUCGUCGGCAGAAGAGGACCCAUGCAAGCGGCCUUCACCAUCAAGGAGGUCCGCGAGCUGAUGAAGCUCUCCGACGUGUCCUUCCACCCCGUCGACACCUCUCUCCUCCCCACCGACCUAAAAUCCCUUCCCCGCGCCCCGCGCCGGCUGAUGGAGAUGCUCGCCAAGGGCACAACCGCCACUUCGCAAUCACCCUCCGAAACCUCCAAGUCGUGGUCUCUCGACUUCUGCCUCACCCCCAAGGCCUUCUCCCCUUCGUCUUCCUCUCCCGAAUCAACCCAACUAGCUUCAACAACCUUCGAACGCACCACCCUCUCCCCAUCUCCCUUCGACCCCAACGCUUACGCCCUUCCCACAGGCGAAACCCUCACCCUCCCUUCCUCGAUAGCCUUCCGAUCCAUCGGGUACAAGUCCACCCCUCUGCCCGAGUUCUCAGACAUCAACAUCCCCUUUGACGAGCGCCGGGGGAUCAUCAGCAACGACGGCCACGGCCGCGUGCAGCACGAGGAGCGCACCCGCGGGGCGGAGAUGUCGCACGGUAGCUUCCCGGGCUUGUACUGCGCGGGUUGGGUCAAGACGGGCCCGACGGGGGUGAUUGCUUCGACGAUGGAGAAUGCGUUUGCGACGGCUGAUGCGAUCAUUGAGGAUUGGGUGAGCAGGACGCCGUUCUUGAAUGUGGACAGGAAGGUGCAUGGGUGGGAAGGGGUGAGGAGUGAGGUGUUGAGGAGUGGUGAUGAGAAGAGGGUGGUUGAUUGGCAGGGGUGGAGGAGGAUUGAUGAGGCAGAGAGGCAACGGGGGAAGGAGAGGGGGAGUUCGAGGGAGAAGUUUACGAGGACGGGAGAGAUGUUGAACGUUUUAGGGUGA